UCAAAACACGUUGUCGUUGGCAUCCCUAGAUCCUGAUUUCUGCAGCGUCUUGGGCUUGGAGAGGAAAUGUCGUAAACGCCGCAUUUGGUUGUCGUUUCGACAAAGAGAAACAAAGAGGGUUAUCGAGUCAGAGUCCAAUUUUGGGGAGCGAUUGGAAAUUUGGAAUAAUCAUUCUAUCGAUCGAGAAAUGGGAGAGACGAGCUCCACCGUCGACGACGAUUUUCUUCUCAAAGCUUUCUUCGCCGAAGUCAGCGAGGUUGAGAGAGAUAACGAAGUCCUCAGGAUUUUGUCUUGCUUUAAGCUAAAUCCAUUUGAGUAUCUGAACCUACCAUUUGAUUCAUCGAUUGAUGAUGUGAAAAAGCAAUACCGUAAGUUGUCAUUGAUGGUUCACCCUGACAAGUGUAACCAUCCACAGGCAAAGGAGGCUUUUGGAGCACUAGCCAAAGCUCAGCAAUUAUUACUUGAUCAAAAUGAAAGAGAUUACCUUCUUAGCCAAGUUAAUUCAGCAAAAGAAGAACUUAGAGUCAAGAGGAAGAAGCAGUUGAAGAAAGAUACAGCAUCGAAAAUUAAGUCUUUGGUUGAAGAGGGAAAAUAUGACCAGCAAUAUGAAAAAUCAGAAGAGUUCCAGCAAGAGCUGAAAAUGAAGGUUCGUGAACUAUUAACAGAACAAGAAUGGAGGAGACGAAAAAUGCAAAUGAGGAUAUCAGAGGAGGAAGGCAGAUUAAAAAAGGAUGAAGAGGAACAAAAAGAGAUGUGGAAAAGAAAGCGUGAACAUGAGGAAGAGUGGGAAGGAACGAGAGAAAAGAGGGUGUCAAGUUGGAGAGAUUUUAUGAAGGGUGGAAAGAAGACUAAGAAAGGAGAAAUUCGCCCCCCAAAGCUCAAGACAGAAGAUCCCAACAAAUCCUAUGUUCAGAGACCGGUUAAGAGAGGUUAGGUCUGCCAUUAUGUUUGGAGGACUCAAUUGGUAGUCAAUCUAAUUACGGAGUCAAGAGGAUUCAUGCAUAUGCUGCCCUCUGCAUGGACUAUCUGUAAGCCUGUAAGAGUGUUCAUUGUUGUGCUCAUUGGAAACAUCUUGAAUCGAGUGUCCAUCCCCUCAAUCCCCUCAGCUGAAUGAAAUCCCAUUCUGGGAUUUGCACCUUCAUGGGAAGGACGUGUAUAGGUAGGUUCUAUUCUAUGCCAUAAUUAAUUAAUUUGGGGGAAGUAAGCCCAAAAUGAAAGGAUAAUUGAACAAAAGAAAAUAUAGGCCAUGUCUUGAUAGUUGUCUUGACUUUCUUGGUACAUUAGUGAAUCAGAUGCAUUGAUUUAUGACACUACCAAAAAAGUCAAAAUGAUUUAUCAAUAUGGAAUGCAGGUAAAAAUGUUAGGGGAAAGUAUUAGUUUUCUGGUGUAAUCUUGACAGAUGAAACGUUUUAGGUCACAUAAACAUGUAUACUUUGUUUCUGAAUAUAUUUGAUAAUGUUGAUAUUUUAGUCAAAAUGAAAAUCUCACUCAUCCAUUUUAUCUUAGACGAGUGUGUGUGCCAACUAGCUUGG